AGUGAUUUCCCCUUGUCAAUUGUAGCAAAGGUUAAAUAAGAAACGUGGUAACUGCGACUUUAAUGCAUUAGUUGCAAUAUUGUUGUUGUAGUUGAAACGUAUACGUGUGGUAUUUGUUGGAUAGAAAAAAAAAUCUUUAUUUAUAUAAAAUGGAUUGGGACCUCAAAUACGGCGAACUUGCCAACGACAAAGAAUAUGUAAACAAGUGCGAAGAUUUGAAGGAAAAUUUGAUGGAUUUGCAGAAGGUAUUGGACAAAUUGUUGCCUUUAAAGCAACAUUAUGAAAAAAUGUCACUACCGGCUCAGAUUGAAUUGGACUUGUUUUUGGCUUUCACGUUAAAUUCAUUGCAAUGGGUAACUCUGCGAAUACAGGGCGUGGAUCCGACGACGCAUCCCAUUAAAGACGAACUGCUCCGAGUAAAAGCUGCCAUGCUAAAGUGGAAAGAGGUAAAAGACCGCGUAAAAAGGCCGACAGUCGAUUUGCAAGCUGUGAAAAGAUUCAUCAGGAGCGGACUAUACGAUCCAUUCAGAGCCAUGGGCAAUCCGGCUCACUUGAAAAUAAUUGAAGUAAUGGAAGAAGAUUAGCCAAUCACAAUCGCCCUACCUUUAAGACCCCAUUCAAGACUGAAUUAUCUAAAUAGUUUCCUCUUUAUGAUGUUAUCCGUUCAAUACGAAUCUUUUAUUAUCGUGUUUAUUGUUGAUUUCUAUUUAAGCACUUAUUUAUGUAUGAAUUUUUUUAAUAGAAUAUAAUGAUUUCGUAUUUAGGCUCCAACCAAAAAUCUAUUGAUCUACAUUAGUGUAAAUUGGUGUAUGUCCAAAAAUUUCCUUUAUAGAAGGAAGCCUUUUAGGAUAUGAUGGGUUUUAAAUUUUACAUUCUUAUUGUAAAUUAAAACGGGAAUGUUAUUUAUAUGAAUGCCUGUAAUAUUUUAAGAUUUAAAUUUAUUAUUUGCUGUAACCUUGUUUAUUAUCAUUGAGUAUUAUAGCAUACAUUGCAUGCACUAACUAAUAAGCUGUGUAUCCUUAAUGUAGAUAGUCCUACCGAACCAACGCUAUGGGUAAGGGUAUAUGAAAUAAUGACUAUAUGCCAUAAAUUAAUUGUUACACAUGAAUCUGGCAUUAUAUCGGCCAUUUUUUAAUAGUUUUAAGGAUUGCGUCUCCAUAUUUUACUAUAACAUGGUGUCAAUGUUUUCGUUGUAGAUAUAAUACUAACACAUUCCUUUAAAUUUUUGUAUAGACUAUUAUAAAAUUUACUUAUAGCGUUUCAAAACAACUAAAUUGUAAGUUAUUUAACCCUAUAUACUAGUUAUCAUGUUUAAGUAAGUUUUUUUUUUUAAAUAAAUAAACGAUAAAAAAAUUGA